CAUUUGAGUUCGCUUGGUUGAUGACUAUUCACAUUGGUUGGCAUCAUUUUCCAGUUCGGUUCUAGUCACUCGCCAUUUAUUCUUUCAGUUAAUUGCAGUAUUUUGGAUAUUAGAUAUCAAGUAAUUUUUUCUAUUAAUCCGCUAAUAAUCACUUUUCAAGAAGAAUGGCGGAACCUAUAAAUGUUGUGGUUACUGGUGCUGCUGGACAAAUCGCUUAUUCUUUACUGUAUCAGAUUGCAGUUGGUACAGUUUUCGGUCCAAAACAACCAAUUAUUCUCCGAUUAUUAGAUAUUCCACCUAUGAUGAAAGUAUUGGAUGGUGUGGUUAUGGAACUGGAAGAUUUGGCAUUUCCUCUUUUACAAGAGAUUUUACCAACGGCUGAACCAGCCAAGGCCUUUAAUGACGUAGCAGCUGCUUUUCUGGUUGGCGCAAUGCCAAGAAAAGAAGGAAUGGAACGUAAAGAUCUUCUGGCUGCAAAUGUAGACAUUUUUAAAGUGCAAGGUGAAGCAUUGGAUAAAUAUGCUCGUAAGGAUGUCAAGGUGCUAGUUGUAGGUAAUCCCGCUAACACUAACGCCCUUAUCUGUUCGCAUUAUGCACCGUCCAUUCCGAAAGAAAAUUUUACUGCAAUGACUAGAUUGGAUCAAAACAGAGCACAAGCGGCAUUAGCUGCAAAAUUAAACGUGCAGGUUGAUAAAAUAAAGAAUGUUAUUAUCUGGGGUAAUCAUAGUUCUACGCAAUAUCCUGAUGCGGCACAUGCAACCGUAGAGCUUUCAUCCGGUGUAAAAAUGGUGUCAUCUGAAAUAAACGAUGACGAAUGGUUGAAUAAUAUCUUCGUAGAAAUGAUUCAGAAACGUGGCGCCGCUGUAAUAGCUGCCAGAAAAAUGUCUUCCGCCAUGUCUGCCGCUAAAGCUGCUGGAGAUCAUAUGAGAGAUUGGUGGUUUGGUACUAAGCCUGGAGAGUGGGUUAGCAUGGGUGUUAUAUCCGAUGGGAGUUACGGAAUUCCAAAAGAUAUUGUAUUUUCCUUUCCUGUUAUUAUCAAGAAUAAACAGUAUGAGAUAGUGCAAAAUCUCUCAAUAAGCAACUUUGCAAAAUCCAAACUAGAUAUUACAUCCAAGGAAUUGGAGGAAGAACGUCUUGAAGCAAACAACGUAUUAAAAAAGUGACUAGUAACAUUAGUUCAAAAUGAUGAAAUGCAAAAGAAAUUUGCGUUAGCAAAGUUAUGAAAUGCAUCAUUAUGCUGUAUGAUACACACAUACAUAAUUGAAACAAACACAUACAUUGUAUGCAUGUAUUUGCACGCGCGCGCGCGCGCGCGCGCAGGCGUGUAUGUAUGUAUACAUGCAUUAUAUGUGCAUGGAUGCUCACGCACUCACGCAUCUAUAUCAUUAUGCAUAAAUGUCAUACGUAUAUAAGGCGUCUCAAAAAUUGAAUGUGAAAGAAUUUCUGCAACAAUAAAAUUUAAGAAAAAGCCAAAUAAUGGAUAUAAUAUUGCGGGUAUCUUGAACAUGUUGUUUUCGAUAGAUGGACAUAAAAUAAAAUUUGUGUCGUUUAUUAAAUGUAUAACGAGUUGAUUAAUGAUGUAACUAUAUAUUACCAGCUAAAAAUUUAAAAAAUUUUUUUUAUAGAUUUUUUCUUAAUGACAAAAAAUUUUGGUUUUGAAUACGCCCUGAAAUCAAUUGCAAAAUCAAAACAAAAUAAUUUAGUUUAUUUUAUAUAUACAUACAUUUGUGUGUGUAUUGCAUAUUGCACACAUUUUACUGCACUUUUAAGUAAAUAACUUUUAAAUGAGUAAGUGGGAUUCAAAUGAACUUUUGUACGAAUAUUUAUUAGAGCUUUAUAUGUAAAAAAUUUGAUUUAAUUCGUAAUGCUUUCUCAUCAAAUUUGUAAACGAGUAUUACAAAAUGUGAUUUUAAGAAUCAAGAUAAAAAAAUUAAAUAACUUAAAUCAAUAAGAGAAUUGUGCUCAAAUUUUGCACAGUUACUUAGAUGUAAUAAUAGAACAAUCUAUGAAAUUUUUAUACUUUUGCUUUGAGAUAUGACACAAAUAUAAUGACAUCUUUGAACAAUUGUAUAUGCAGAUUAUUAAGUCUGAAAAGUCUAAAUUACUGAUGUUGGUAAUUAGAUAUUUGGCACGCAUUAAUCGAUGUUAAACAAAAAAUUGCGAUAAUGCACAUGUUUGCAAUGUUGCAAUGUUUUUACUCAAAUUUUGAAACGCCACAUAAUGUAUAAUGUAUAACUCUAUGUAAAUAUAUUAGAUGAAAUAAUUUGAACGGAUGUAGAAGUGGUGUUAAUACACAAUACAUAAUUAUUAACAUGGUAUAAAUGUUACAGAUAUACUGUUAUAAAUCAUAUACAUAAGUUAAUGUACAUGAUGUACGAUAUACAUAAUAUAUAUGUAUAGACUUUAUAAAACUUGUAAUAAAGGUAUAUAUCGGGAAAUAUAUUAUACUUUACGAUA